UGGCUUGACCCCGAAAACGAGGGUAGGUCCCGUCUCCGCCCGCUAGGAGGUCAUUUUCUGCCCCACUUCUUGACAGCCUGCCCGAGUGGAUUUCUCGAGUUCUGGCACUGUCUCUUCGGGUGAGUAACGCCUUUCACUCGUUACGACAAGGGCGAAACAGAAGAGACAGCGCGCACGGCGAGCAUAUCUAUAUCAGGAAGCGCGGGGCGGAGCCUUUUAGGUGUGCAGCAGUGCUUUUUGGGCACAAGUGGAAGCCUCCAUUCAUACAGGGCAGCCCGUUCAGGUUGCCGUCGGUUCGGGUUUCGUGGUCGGUGCCCUCACCUUCGACUAGCACCGGCAAGUGGAAUUCUUAAUGCUGGGCUGCUCCCACCCAGAAUGGAAGGCCCCUCUCCCGCUACGCUUUAGACUCCCGUCUUACCCCGCGACCUUUUUAGCUGCCACCACAACCAUCGGAGUCUGGCAGACAGCACAUUACUAUCCGCCGCCUUCUCUGAAGUCGUUUAUAACUUAGCUCCCCCGCGCUCGGGGGCAUAUCGGUACUCUCUACAAACACCUGCACGAAGCGACGACGUCAGAUACCGUGUACAUACCCGGCGACCGCAACAUCUGCAGCGGCCGUGACAGCGCCGAUCUCCCAACACAGACGCGACCGACGAUCGGGACGAGAGCCCCGCGAGCGACACGAUACUGUGAUCGCGCACGGGCGGUACUCUAGGAAAAGCAACAUAGCAGCAAUCGACAACGACCCGGUCCGAGGCGGCCUGUAUAUCAUAAUCGCAUCACAUCCAGCCUGGCAACUGGCGUUUUGAGUGCUCGCUACUCGUGGAGCAAGAGGCAACAUGUCAGGCCCUGCCGAAAGUGCUGCCGGACAGACCGCGCCCGCUAGCCACUCCGCCGGUUCUCACGGUCACGGUCACGGUCACGGCCACGGCCACGGCCACGGUCACGGUCACGGCGCCGGAGGUUUCGACCUGCUCAAGAGGGCAACCCAAGCCAUGAUGUCGUCCAGCAGGCCUGCCGCAACCGAGGAGGACGGAUCGGACCAGAUCGGCUUAGACUCACCACGCUCAGGGGUCGCAACCCCGCAGCCUGAUCUCCAUGACAAGCGGCUGCCGGGCAUUAUGAGCUAUUUCAACCAGAGCGGUGCUUCUACCCCGACACGUGCGCUUUCGACCACCCAACCGUCGCAAAGUGAGGAAAAGCAGCCUCAGGAGACGAGCAGGACGAACAGCGAAGGAAGUACUGAAAGGGAUAACCGCACAGCAUCCCAAACACCAACACCCUCCACAUCUUCUGGAGGAGCCCCAGCAUCGAGGGGAAAGCUUACAAUCAAGGUCGGAGAGGCACGGGGCUUGAGGAGGUGCCGAGAUCCAUAUGUGGUCGUGGUCUUUCAGCGUAGCGAGCUGAUUUCGCCAGGCCCUCGCCGUGCGGCUGAGAAUGACGAUGACGCCGCAAUCGCAGCCGUCCAGACAGGCGGUAUCCCUAUUCAACGUCAAAGCAGUGACUCCGGCCGACCGAUGGCAAUUCCCAUGCGAAGUCGGCAGAGUAGCAACACAAGUCUUACUGACUUCAACACGUUUCGGAGGCGCAACUCGUCCCAAUCUCGGCGGUCUUUCACUAAUCCCACCUGGGACGCUGAGGCCGUUUUUGAUGUGGUAGACUCGGACAUGCUUGUCGACAUCUCCGUAUAUGGCCAAGGGCCAUCUGGUGAGGAGUUUCUUGGACACGUCGACUUCCAGGCCAACAAAGCCGAGCCAAUCCGAGGUUGGUUUCCCCUGCAAGGCCAUGCCGACACCAUGGCCGAGAAUGCGCCGACGGGCGAACUUUACGUCGAAGCGCACUACCAGAGAGCCGAACAGAAGCAUUUUGGUCCCGAGGACUUCCAGAUUCUCCGACUUAUUGGAAAAGGCACAUUCGGUCAGGUGUAUCAGGUUCGGAAGAAGGACACCGGUCGGAUCUAUGCCAUGAAGGUCCUGUCUAAGAAGGUGAUUGUCCAGAAGAAAGAGGUGGCACAUACAGUGGGCGAGCGCAACAUCUUGGUCCGUACGGCCAUGUCCGACUCACCUUUUAUCGUGGGGCUGAAGUUCUCCUUCCAAACACCAUCGGAUCUUUAUCUUGUGACGGACUACAUGUCAGGUGGAGAGCUAUUUUGGCACUUGCAGAAGGAUGGCAAGUUCGAGGAGAAGCGCGCAAAGUUCUACAUUGCGGAGCUCAUCCUUGCGAUCCAACACCUACACGAAAAUGACAUUGUAUACCGCGAUCUCAAGCCAGAGAACAUCCUCCUGGACGCCAAUGGCCACAUCGCUCUCUGCGAUUUCGGUCUUUCCAAGGCCAAUCUGACGAAGAACGACACCACAAACACUUUCUGCGGUACAACCGAGUACCUAGCACCCGAAGUUCUUCUCGAUGAAGCUGGUUACACCAAGAUGGUCGACUUUUGGUCUCUGGGCGUUCUCGUUUUCGAGAUGUGCUGCGGCUGGAGUCCAUUUUAUGCUGAAGACACGCAACAAAUGUACAAGAACAUUGCCUUUGGCAAGGUUAGAUUCCCGCGCGACACACUCUCUCUAGAAGGCCGAAAUUUCGUAAAGGGACUUCUAAACCGAAACCCCAAGCACCGCCUUGGUGCUACCGACGAUGCCGAGGAGUUGAAGAGGCAUGCCUUUUUCGCCGAUAUCGACUGGGAUGCGCUUUCCAAGAAGCUCAUUACACCGCCUUUUAAGCCGCAGCUCAAGAGUGACACCGAUGUGUCAUAUUUUGACCCCGAAUUCACGAAUGCUCUCAACGCCAACGGAUCACUCAAUGAGCGUGCAGCUGCGCUAGCCAGAGGCUAUGCCACGUCCACUCCGCUCUCACCUUCGGUACAAGCCAACUUCCAAGGCUUUACGUUUGUUGACGAAAGCGCGCUUGAAGAGAACAUGCACGAUCGUCACUAUAACAGAUACGAGGAUGAUGAAAUGGACGACGUCGCGGAUCGCCGGAGGACAGAUGAUUGGGAAGACGUUCAUGGGGCCGACCAACGAGCUGCGAAUCGAAUGAGCGGUGUCGUUAAGUCUAACACGACUGAAGACCAGAUGUUUGGUGGAACCAACUUCGACCCUUGAAUGGCCUACGCCGCACAGCCCUUCUUUUGUUCGGUAGCGAGUUAUUUCCUCUGUCUGUUGGCUUUGAUGUAGCUCUCCCCUUCACCCGGCUUCAGAUAUGGUAGCGGUAUAAGAAAGAAGAAAGAUGGUCAUUCUUUUCUUUUUUUCGUGCUAACGAUGACUUCAACGAGCAUCAACCAUGGCAAACAUGCAUUUCUCAAACAAAAGAUGGUUCAAAUACAAAUUGGUAUAUUAUUCGGAUGUCUGGCUUGCAACUGAACAGCACACUGUAUAGGCGGGGCGUUAACGGUGGUUGAUUGGUUGAUUGAUUGACUGAUAGGGCGUUUCUGAGCCUGCUUGUUGAAUGAAGCAGGAGUAUGCAUCGCACGAGAAGGCAUGAUUAAACAAGAAAGAAACAAGAGAAGGGAAGGGAAGUGUUGGAAGGCGGUUGUAUUGUGCGCGUCGGUUGCUUCUUUGGUGAAGCGUGGUUUUUGCGCUUACUGUCUGUUCUCGCUUGCUUGGUGUUGCUAUUGUCAUAAAAGCUUCUGUUUUGUUACGGGCGGAUGAGAAGAGAGAUGCGUAUUGUUUGUACCCUGUCAGGAUGAUGAGAUCGAUGAGCAGACAUCAGCAUACAUAUACGGGCAACUAUGUGAUCAAUGAGUGAGUGAAGUGAAUGAGAGAGGAGUUUGUAUUAUGUACGUCUAUUCUUCAUCAACAUAGCGCGCUAGCUGAAUGACAGAGUACCGAGU